GUCCAACAUUAUUCACACCUUUCUUUGUGUACCUUAUUUCCUAUUUGAUUUCAAGUAGUUUAAUCAUAAAAUAUAAUUUAUUUCCCCCUUCUGGUUUAAUGUCACAAAAGAAAAAAAUGUUUUGUUAUUGUUAUUCAUCCAAGCCCGCAUCGAGCCCACGUGACUGCUCCCACCGGAUGGGCCGAAUCUCGACUUUCUGGAGUCGAAAGCUCGACCGCUGAACACCGCAACAUAGAGCCGCCGCCUGGGCACAUAGGGCAGGGAGAGAAGCUCCGAGACAUGCCUGGAGAGAAGCCCCGAGCCAUGCCGGGGCUCGUCGCCGUGCUGGUCGUCCUUGUGGCGGCCAGCGCCGCUCAGGAGGACGUCACGGACCACAUCCUCAACAGCCUGUCGCGAGCCGCAGCUUUCCUGGAGAGCGAGCACGAGAACAUCAACCUGGACGGGGUGGUGGGGUACCUCAUACUGCAGGCCGAGCUGAAGGAGGCCGUGCGGACGUGGCCCCACUCCGACCCCCUGAGCUGGGCCCAGCGGACCUCCACCGUGGCCCUGCUGCGGAGGCUGGACCAGAGCCUGGCCAAGGCUACGCUCGCCCUGCAGAGACACGACCCCAAGUACUACAGAGAGUUCGAGCCCCUACUGGACUGGCGGUUCUGGAAGGUCCCCCAGGCCUGGGGCUCCACGGACCCCAGCCUGCGCUACGCGUCCAGCCAGCCCAGCGAGUGCUACGAUGAGCAGCUGAGCGACUCCUGCAUGACGCUCCUCUUGGGCACCUGGAAACAGAAGGGGACUCCGUGCAUCGUGACCGAGUCGUGCAGAGACACCAUGACCAUGUUCGACUGCCCGCUCUACUCUCUCUCUCACCAGCUGCUCUACUUCCUCAUCGCUUCCAUGAAGGGCUGCAGCAGCCUGCUGAAGGGAGACGUCCGGGAGUCCAGAGCCAACCUGACGGAGGCAGACUACCAGAAGAUCUUCUGCUCCAACAUGAUGAGCAGCAACCAGGAGGCCCUGAAGACCGGCCUGAACGCACACACCCAGGACAUCUUCAUCGAGAACAUCCUGCUGUGUGGUCUGGCCGGCUUCUCCGACUUCUACAAACCGGACUGGCUGCAGCACAUCCUCAGACUGCAGGACCCGACGUCCGGUUGCUUCGGGAGGGAUGAGCGGGCGAUGUCCCAGAUCAUGGGGGAGGAGCUUCUGGAGCAGCUGCGCCCCCCGCCCCCGCCCCCCAGGAGGGUGAAGCGGAGGGAGAAGACCCUGAGAGACGGGUGCUCCAGUCAUGUGACCGGGGUGGCGGUGAGUGCGCUGGGCGGCUACCUCAACUACCAGCUGACGGAGCAGGACAUCACCAAGAGACCGCUGGCCCCGCCCUCCUCAUAAUGGCCCCGCCCCCCUCCUGACGGACCCGCCCCCUC